AAAUAAGAUAAUCUCGGAUUUCCAAGUUGUGCCUAACAUUUCGCGUGUCCAUUCAAGUGCUGAAGGGAAUUUUUUUUCAUAAAUUGAAUAGUGUCGCACAAAAAUGAGAAAGAAACGUAAUCGAAUUCUCUUUUUGAAAUAGAGAUUUAUUCUCUAAACUUACUCUCCCAUUUCUGAUCACUUUUCUCUCUGCACAUUUUCUGUGAACACUUUGUACUGUUCACCCAGUCUUACUUUGAAAUUCGAUGUUUAUAGUUUUACAUUGAUAAAUUAAAGCGGAAAAUUUUUAUGGGAAAAAUAACAAAAGAGUGAAAAUUCAAAAGUUUAAAAAAGGAAAGAUUUUCUUGAUGAUCACUUAAAAAGUGCAAUAAAAAUAAAUCUCUACUAAUAUCCCUAAAUCAAAUAAAAACUAGACUUUUUAUUGUAUGAAUUUGCUCAUGAAAAAUACAAUAUACAACCUAAUAGAGUGAAUAAAAUUUAUAAUUCUUUGUUGCAUCAUUCAGUUCUUAAAAUAUAUGAUGACAAGCAACAGUGCAUUAAAGAAAGCUAGUAAAACGAAAUCAUUAUCUUUAAGCCAAGAUGAUUUUAUAUUUCCACGGGCACCAAGAAUAAGAAAAACGCAAAAAUUAGAAGAUACACAAAAGAUUUUCAAGUACAUUGACGACAAUAUAAUUGGAAAAGGAGUCUUGUUUCUAGGUCCUUAUGGACGAAGGAAGGUUGUUUACGCAGACUAUGCAUCUUCUGGAAGAUCGCUUCAAUUUUUGGAGGACUAUAUUAAUAAGGAAGUACUUCCUGCAUUUGGAGACACUAGCUGCAGUUCGGCUGUAACUGGCCUUCAAACACAUUUAUACGAGUGAAACUGAAAGCAGAGAUAUAAUAAAGCAAGCUAUAAAUGCAUCAUCAGAGGAUGAAAUAAUAUUUUGCAAUAAUCCAUCAGAUCGUCUUGCUCACUUGUUUGCGAGUAAUUUAGUGCGAACACGAGUCGCACAUAAAUUAAAUACUAAUCAGACAAAGGAUUUAACAGAGAGUGAUAUCUCGUCUGUUUCAUCAGUACACUUAUAUCAAGAUGAAAAUAAUGAGCGGCAAGUCAUUCUAUUUGUGAGUCAGCUUGAACCGAUCGACAAUAUUAAAUCUUGGAUUGAUGCGGGUGCACAGAUUGAAAGAAUUGCAAAGAAUAGAGAUGGAUUUUUAGAUCUUGUUGAUCUAGAAAAGAAAUUGAGCAAGUAUGCGGAUACAGAUUACAAACUAAUUGGACUAUUCUCGGGCGUUUCUAGAUUAUCAGGAAUUCAAGCAGAUGACGUAGCAACUACAAUCCUUUUGCAUCAAUAUAAUGCAAUUUCAAUAUGGGACUUUACAGCUGCAAUUUCAAGCGCCCAAGUGAAUAUGAAUUCAGCGAUACAAGGUUCAUCAAAAGAUGCGUUAUUCUUUAGCUGUAACAAAAUGAUUGGAGGACUUCAAGCUCCUUCAGUUCUUGUGAUAAAAAAAUCAUUUAUCGAAAAUUUCACUUCCAUUCAAAUGGAAAUGGUUGAUACUGUAAGUGUUGUUCGAUGUGGUCUUGUCAUGCAAUUAAAAGAAGCUUUGGGCAGUCAUAUAAUGAAUCGGCAUGAAAAAAUUUGUAAGCAGAUGCUUUCACACAUUCGUACAAUUCCGGAAAUUAUUCUAUUAAGUCCGGCAUCAACAACAUCAAGAAGAAUUCCAACAAUGAGUUUUCUAAUUAGACAUCAACGUGGGGCAUUUUUACAUCAUCGAUUCGUUGUUGCUGUCUUAAAUGAUGUUUUUGGAAUUCAAUCAACAGCUAAUAAUCUAAUUCAUCAAGCUUUAGGAAUCAAUAAUCUGCUCCAAAUUGAAUAUGAAAAACUUUUGGACGAGGAAUGUGUGGAAAAUCUUCGUCCUGGUUUUGUUCGAAUAACUCUUCCAUUUUUUAUGAAUGACAAUGAAAUUGCGUAUAUCUUAGAAGCAUUAAAAAUGGUUGCAACUGAAGCGUGGAAGCUUUUACCGCAGUAUGAAGUCGAUUUUAAAACAGGAGAAUGGAGGCACUUAUCAAAUUCUCUCGCAAAGGAACGAAAAUGGCUGCAUUCAAUUCGAUAUAAUGAUGGAAAAAUGCUGUUUAAUGAUCGGCGUAUUUCAGCUCCAGGUGGUUUUCCUCAAAACUUUCCUGAUUGUCUUCAAACUGCACGCAAUCUUUUCAAUCGUGCACGCAAAACAGCACAAAGGUCGAAUGUUGAUGAAAACCUGUACAUGAAGUUACCAAAUGAAAAUGCCGAAAAAUUAAGAUGGUAUAUGCUACAGAGAGAAGCACAUGAAUUAUUACUAGGACAUUCACAAAAUGUGAAGCAUACAGUUCCAUUUGACCCUGAUAAAUUAUGUGAUCCACCAUCAUUCAUGAAUCUCUUAUAUCAUCGCACAAACAGCUUAUCUGCUCUUGAUGUUAAACGAUAUCAGAAAAGUCGAAGUCUUCCAGACACACCGCAACUUACAAAAAUAUCGAUUUCUCCUCCAAAAUGCUCAAGUCCAAUUCCAUUGCGAGCUUCUGUUGAAUAUUCAUCUCCACCAUCGCCAAUUGUGAGAUUUACAUUAGGUGGAGAAGUAAAAUGUGCCAUGACGAGUUUCUCGCCAAAUAGCUUGGGAGCUAACGAUUCGAUUCCUAGUCGUAAUAGAUGCUAUAGUUGGAGCUCAUCACAAAUUUCAUCUUACACAGCUCCAAUGAAAUUAUUUAACCCGAAAUUGAAACCAAAGAGAGUAGUAUCGCAUAGUGUAAGCAGUCAAACUGAUUUGCGAAUAAGUCCUGUGGAGACUCCUGAAAUUAGAAUUCGAUUUGGGAGUUGCAGUGAUACAGAGCAGGAUAUUCAAGCUUAUGUAAAGGAAGUCACGAAAGAAAUAACAGCUGAAAUUAAAUCGGAAAUUCGUGAAGUCAUCUCGCAGGUUGAGGACGUUUUAGAAAACUCUGAAGCUGUCGAUCUUCAUUCAGUUAUGGCUAAUAUUAAUUGUGCAGAGGAUAUUAAGAAUGAUUCAGUUUCGGCAGGCGAUAUUGUUGAAUUUCUCAAAGAAUUUUCAAAAGAUUUGACAAGUGAAGUGACUACCGAAAUCCGAGAGGCAGCAAAUGCAGUUGAUGAAUUCAUCGCUACGCCAGAAAAUGCUGGAGCUAUGAAAGAAUGUGCCGAUAAGAGGAAUACGAAAUUAAAUAUGAGACAACGAUAUAGCGAUACCUCAUAUGAUGCAGUUAAAAGAACAAAUUCAAAUGACAAACAACAGCAGAAACAACGAUCGGAAUCACUUCCGGAUCCAGAACAAAUAAAAUACACUGGUGCAAUUUCCAAAAUUAGAACUUUUGAUGUUUUAUCCUCAACAGAUUCAGGAAUUAAUUUAAGUUUUCAUGAGGAUGAACGAAGGCGAAAUAGAAAUUCUAUUGAAAAGAACAAUAAAUUCACAUUUGAUGAAAACGAUGACAAUAAAUCGGAAUCAUCUUCAUCAGUUUCUCGGCAGCAAUCGAGUGAUGAUAUGAUAAGUUCGAGUCCAAAAAUGUUGAGGCGUCAGGCGCAUUUAAUACAAGCACCUUCAAGUGAAAUAGAUGAGCAAGUAACAUGGCAGAACCUGCCGAAGGAAAUUUGGAAACAAGCUGCCGAGACAAUUGACGAAUUUGAUCUUAUUCGUGAUGGCGAUAAAAUAUUAGUGUGUAUUUCCGGAAGUAGCAGUUCUGUUUGUCUGAUACAUUUAAUUAGACAGUUUAGUCGAGCACGAGGCCUACAUGUUGAUCUGUCAGUGUUGACUGUUUCUGACGAAAAUAUUGCUGUUGAUCCGCGUAUUUUGAUGCUCUAUUUGCGAGACUUGGAUAUUAAAUUCAUAUAUGAAAGUGAUAAUAAUCUUGAUACUGAAAUGAGACAAAAAUUGUCGUUAAUAGCUAAAAGAAAAUGCUUCAAUGUGAUGGCAAUGGGAAGUACACUUGACAAAAUUGCAGAUGAAUUUUUAACUUCCAUAUUCUACAAAGGAAAAGUUAAUGCUAAUUUGUCAUUCGUCAAAUCAAGUGACGGCGAUUUGAGAAUAAUUCGACCAUUCAUAUUCAUACGAGAACGAGUCUUUGAAGAUUUUUCAAUAGCCAAGAACUUUCCAACACGUCCUUCGAAAAUUUUUACUUCAAUGCCCCAAGGAAUUCAUAGUUUGUUGAAAGUUCAGGAAGUUCUCAAUCCAUUUGUAUAUGAAAACAUCAAAAAGGCCAUACAUUCAUUAAUUAUACAGAAUUUAAGUAAUAAGUAUAGACUUUAAAGGAAAUGAAGUUAAUUUUUGAUUGAUUCCUAAUGUAACAUGCUUUAAUAAUCUCAAGACAUAAUAAGUUACCCAUUCACAUACGUUUCUCUUUUUUCAUGGAGGUCUGUUUCUGUGUUCACUAAAAAGUUCAAUGGAUUUCAAUAAUUGCUUUUAUGGUCGUUUUUAUAACCCCUCUUUCAAAAUAAUGGAUGUUAUUAAGUGUAAGAUAUUUUAACGAGGUUAAAAAACUGUUCAUUGUUCUCUGAACCUAUCUGAACCUAUUUUUGCUGAAAAAUAAUAUUUGAUAUUAUAAAGUAAAAGAUGUGUGUCCUUUCUAUUUAUAAAUUUCUCUUACUCAAAUUAUUUUUUAUUUGAUUUUAUAUGAAAACAAUUUUUAUAAUAAAAUAUUUCAUCUGAGAAUUAGUUUUUAUCAUCAUAUUUAAAUCUUUGAAAACUUCGAAUGUUAAAAUUUGCUUCGAGUUCCUACUCACUAAGAAACAUUUCUUUUUUUAAAAAAACAUCAUAAUAAUAAAAAUAAUAAAAUAAAAUAAUAAUAAAUGAAUAAAAAAUUUCUUUUAAUAACGGGUGACAAGAUUUAAUGCACAAGUAUUAUUCUUAUCCUCGCAAGACUGUGAUUUUCUUUCCUUCUAAUUUUUUGAUUUCUAUAAUUUAUUUAUACCUUGAAACUAGAAUGAAGUUCACUAAUUAAUUAUAUUACUCUCUUCAUCAGUCCUACUACAGCAGUGGAAAUUAAUUUCCAAUCAAUAUUUGUCUAGCUCGACAUCGUACAUCUCGGAAUAAGUCAUUGGUCGAAUAUUUUAUAAUGAGAUAAAUUCCUUUGGUGCUUGUCAAUUGUUUCUCGAGUGUCUGACACAGUUCCUUUUUACAGCAUCACAAAAUACUGUACAUACAUGAACAACACAAUUAAAUAUAAAUAGCGAAAAAAAAAGUAUUAGCGCAUUAGGAAGAACCGAUCAAAAUUAUCACAGAAACGAAGCAUUCGGUUUUAAGGAAAUUAUGAAAUGAAAAAUUAAAAGCUUGAUCGAAUUCAUCUUAAUUAAGUGUUCAAUUUCAAACUAUAUUAAAACUGACAAAUCUUCUUCGAUUUCCAUUUAUUUACACAUUUUGAUCGUUUCAUUUCCUUUCUUUUUCUAAAAUUACAAAAUUAAAACAACAAUUUCCCAUCACAACUUGUCAUAAAAUUCAAAGAAAGUAUAUAAAAUCAUUUCAUACAUUAAUUAAGAAUCCUUUACUCGACAAUUUUAGAAAAAGAAAAAAACUAAAAACUUAAAUUUUCUUUUCACUCUUAAAGGUUAAUUAACUCAAUACAUUAAAUUAUCAAUGCGCAAAUGUCAUAAGAAGUUGUGAGAUAAGAGGAAAUACGUUUCAUUAUCUCACACAAUUUAAAAGUACAAUUAAUGAUAAUAGAGGAAUCCUUUUUACUUUGUCUGACAAAAAAGUAAAAUAUAUGUAGACAUGAAUUUGGACAUUCGCAUGUAAAUUAUUUCACUUUAUCUGCUUCUAAGGAAAUGAUGUCGACAUAUUUUUUAAAUAACGACGCAUAAGAAUUUUAUUACUGCUGUUAAGUUGAUGUUAAAUUUUUGGAAUUGAUGCCAUCGAUGGACGACUUGAGGUAGAAAAUGAAUUGACAACCACGGAAGAUCUGAAAAAUGGACAUUAAAUUAAUAUUAUGCCCUUGAUUUAUUUAGAAUUCGAAUCUCUUACCUAUUAUGUUUCAUGUGACUUUUGACUAGAUCACUAUUGACUAAGGCUGCCAUUAAUGAGAGCUCACCGGCCAUUACUGUGGCACAAAUCACUCUUGCUAAUUGUUUACUAUUUUCAGCAGGAUGAGUCUGAUGUGCUCCCCUUACUCCGAGAAUUUCUAAACAGGCACUUUGUCCAGGCAAAACUGUUCCGCCUCCUACUGUCCCGACUUCAAGUGAAGGCAUUGUGCAUGUAAUGUAUAAAUCAUUUUGAUUUUCACCAUGAAAUUCCAUAUUUGUUGAACAGUUACUACUUGUAAUAUUUUGAGCUGGAUCUUGGCCAGUGGCAAUGAAAAUUGCCGUCACCAUAUUUGCCGCAUGUGCAUUAUUACCACCUAUACUUCCAGCCAUUGCUGAUCCUGCCAUAUUUUUAAGUUUAUUACACUGUAUUAAUGUCUUUGCAUCUGUUUUUAGUAAUGUCCUUAACACUUCUUCACUAACUCUUGAUUCACACACUACACGCUUUCCACGUCCUUUAAUCCAGUUAAUAGCAGCUGGUUUUUUAUCUGAACAAAAGUUUCCACUCAAACUUAUAAUUUGCAUUUGUGGAAAUGCAUGCGCAACAAUUCUUAAUGCAUUCUCGGCACCUUUUGAGACCAUAUUCAUACCCAUAGCAUCGCCUGUAAAUGCUCUAAAUCGAAUAUAAAGCUGUGGACCAUCAAUUGUAAUGAGAAGUUCCUGUAGUCGAGCAAAACGACUUGUAGAAUCGAAUGCUUGCUUAAUUGUUGUAAAAUUUUCAGCCGUUUCCAUCCAGCGUUUUGCUUGUGCUGCACUAAUAACAUCUGGGAAUUUAACGCAUGGUGCACGAGUCAUUCCUACAUCUUCAACAAUACUGCGUACUCCAUAAUAAGACAAUGCUUUACAUCCACGAUUUGUUGAGGCAACUAAAGCACCUUCUGUUGUUGCCAUUGGAACAUAAUAUUUCUUUCCAUCAAGUGUCAAUGGACCAGCAUAUCCAACAGGAAUUUCUACAAAUCCAAGAACAUUCUCACAACAUGCAUUCAUUACUUUGCUAUAAUCAUAAGUGCGAUAACUUAAAGUUGAGAAUGGUUCACUAUUAUUUUUAAUUCCUAGACGUUGAGAAAUGAUUUGACGACGGAUUUUAACACCACGUUCAGCAUCUUCAAUUAUUGUUUCAAUUUUGUGGAGUGGUAGAUAAUUUCCACCAGCAUUAACAAGUAGAAUAAGUUCUUCGUCAGUCAAUGAUUUAGCACCUACGUCUGACAUCAUGAUUUUGAUACAAUCUUCGAUUGAUCGUGGUGGACGAACUGGAACUAAUGCAGACUCAAUAAAUUCAGGAUUGUCUUCAUCAGAAUCUCCAAAAACAUCAAAAGCUGUAAGAUCUGUUUGCACUUCAAUAUCUCUUGUCAUUGGAUCUUCUUCGCAAAUUGAAAACAAAGCAUGACGACGUGGAGGUGAUGGUUCUCUUGGUGGCAAUUGAAUAGUCGGUGGUGGUGCCAUCAUUUUUCUAACUUCUUGUAAUUGCAUUUCUUUUUCUUUUUCACGCUUCUUGCGCUCUUCCUCUUCAAUUUGUCUGGCCAGAUCCUGUUGAAUUUGGUUUGUGAGAUCAUCACGGUCAAAGAAGAUGAAUUUGAUGCAAAGCGUAAGCAGCAAAAUUAAAAUGAAGAUUUGUUCUGUGCUAAUUGAAAGCCAUUUCAUUAUGUAGUCAGAUAUAUCACUAGACUCUGUCUUGUUCAUUUGCUGUGCCAUAUUAAGAUUUUUAGCAUCAGCUCCGGGAUUUGCAUUGCCAUUAACAUGUGGAUCCUCAACAUCAUCGUUCUCAGAAAAAGUUAAACGGCUGUGAGCAUGAACAAUCAUUAGACCACUUGACAUGAUUAAUUUGACACGUUGAAUUAUUGGAUUUUGUUUCUGGUCCUCUUCGCUUAAUGCUCGAAUAAGCGAUGGAUCUCUAAUUUUUUGUCCUCCCUCUCCAGUGAUAUUAUUAUUAUUAUUAUUAUUAUUGUUGUUACUACUACUGUUAUUAUUGUUGAUAUUGCUUGUACUUGUUGAUGUGCUAAUUGAAUUGUUUAUAUUUCCAGUACAGUUGCGUGACAAAUCCAAUGUUAAUGACAAGCAGGCUGGGUAGAAGGUCAUGAAGACUACAUAAUUAACUAUUACUGACAUUACUGCAAAGCCACUAAGUACUUCUAAACGUUGAACACCCGAAAGAGUUCCAACACCAAUUACUAAUGCUUCAACCAUUGUAUCCACUGUAAUUAAAUGUUUAAAUCAUAAUUUAGACGAGAUUUGAAUCAAAAAGCAACUCACAUGAUAUUGCCGGUCCAAGUAUUUCCAUGCCACGUGCAAUAUUUUGUGUAACUUCAUCUGAAUUCGAUCCACUUAGUGCUAGUUUUGCAAGUAUUCCGGCUUUUGACAAGUCAAUUAAUAAUAAAAAGAAGAAUAGUGCGUCCCUAUGUAAUACAAAAGAAAAAAAAA